CCAUUUGUCAGUUGCCAUUUCCCCCUCCCACCGUCUUCUUCCCUCUUGGUUUCAACGCAUGCACCCAUCACCAUACUCGUCCUCCCUUCCCCCCAGCAGCAUUCAAACCUCUCGCCAUCCAAUCCCUCACGUUUCUCUCGCGUCCCCUCUUCCCAAAGCAAGCAAGCGACCAACCAAGCAGAAAAAGACAGCUCGAAGCAGCCAUUGACCUGCUAACUACGCAAUCCAUCCAAUCCUAAUCCCGUACUCCACUGAUCCGUGCCAAGAGCCAGAAGCAGCCCCGUCGUCUCCUUCAUCCCAUGUGGUGGCUCAACUAGGUGAUCUGUGGAAGCCCACACAGGGGAUUGGAGGGGAGGUACCUCCAUUCACAAUGAUUCGAGGUUGGUACGGUUGGUUGGGGGUUGCUUGAGAUCUCUGUCAUGGUUGAUCGUAUCCCAGCUAGGAGAAUCCAUUUAUUUUGGCUUCCUCAGAUCGGCCAUCCUUCAGGUUUGGUGGGGUUUUAUAUUGCUGAUGAUUAUCUGGUUGAUCCUUUGUCGCUGAAAGGUUUUCCUCUUCCUCUGAAAAGUGCAAAUCUCUUGAUUCUUCCGAAAGUGUUUUAACUCUAUUGCCAAAUGGAGAGGCAUAGUCUUCUUCGUUCGAUGCCUUCAAAGUUUAAUUUCUCGUUGAAUAACGCCUAGUCUUCUGUUCUCAACCAUCUUGCUUCCAAGAUAACAGAGCUUGCUUUUAGCGCCAUCUGAAAAUGACUUGUUUAGGUUGUAUCUUCGACGCUGGCAUGUUGUUGCAGAGCUGGGGAGUCGCCUCAACGGGGCAGAAGGGCGAUGCAGUGCUUCCGGUUCGUGGGCUGGGAGAAGGAGCGGGAGAAGGACCUGCAGGGGCCAACACGAUCGCAGUCGGCACUUUCCAACAGCAGCAUGUCCACAGAUCAUGACGCACGGCGGUCUGGGUCAGAGUGCUGCUCGCUCAACAUGUCAUCAGAGAUGAGCGUCGAGUCGUUUGGUCGGUACCGGCAGCUUUCGCUGCCGCAGCGGCCCAACAAUCUCCGUAUCUUUACCUUCCAGGAGCUCAAGAAUGCUACCCGGAACUUCAGCCGCACACUCAUGAUCGGCGAGGGCGGCUUUGGCUGUGUCUACCGUGGCACCAUCCGGAGUGUCCUUGAGCCGCGUCGAAGCCUUGAUGUUGCCAUUAAGCAGCUCGGACGCAAGGGCCUCCAGGGGCAUAAGGAAUGGGUGACCGAGGUGAAUUUUCUGGGGGUGGUAGAUCAUCCUAACCUGGUGAAGCUCGUUGGGUACUGCGCCGAGGAUGACGAGAGGGGGAUUCAGCUGCUGCUCGUGUACGAGUACAUGCCUCAUGGGAGCCUAGCUGAUCACCUAUCAACGAGGUCGCCCAAGCCAGUUUCGUGGGCAAUGAGGCUAAGAGUAGCACUCGACACUGCUCGUGGUCUCAAGUACCUGCACGAAGAUUCUGAGUUCAAGAUAAUAUUUCGUGAUCUGAAGCCUUCAAACAUUCUGCUCGACGAGAACUGGAACGCAAAAUUGUCAGACUUCGGCUUGGCUAGACUGGGACCACAAGAGGGAAGCCAUGUUUCCACAGCGGUGGUGGGGACUAUCGGGUAUGCAGCUCCUGAGUAUAUCCAUACAGGACGCCUCAGCAGCAAGAAUGACAUAUGGAGCUAUGGUGUAGUGCUCUACGAGCUCCUCACAGGCCGGCGACCUCUGGACCGGAACAGGCCAAGGGGUGAGCAGAACCUUGUAGAAUGGGUGAAGCCUUACUCUUCGGACACCAAGAAGUUUGAGACCAUAAUGGAUCCGAGGCUCGAGGGGAACUACAACUUGAAGUCCGCAGCCAGGAUUGCCUCACUGGCAAACAAGUGCCUGGUGCGCCAUGCCAGAUAUAGGCCUAAGAUGAGCGAGGUGCUGGAGAUGGUCCAGAAGAUCAUCGAUAGUAGUGAACUCGGAACACCAGAGCAUCCUCUGGUAAGCCAUUCAAAAGAAUUGGCAAGUGAUGAGAAGAAAAGGAAAGGUCUCGAUCUGAAGAGGAGAAUAGCUGAUAUUAAAGCUGGAGACGGGAGAUGGUUUACAUGGCAGAAGUGGACACCCAAGCUUGUGAGAACACACUGACUCACAUUAUCGAAGGGACAUGUUUCCUUGAUGACUUUAACAUCCAUAGAUUUUAACAAAACAGCAACGGCAGAAAUGCCACUUGAGUUGUUAUUUAUCAUAAAACCAGAGAGCAUGGUAACUGAAAACAAAUGAUUUGGCGGAGCCUGAUGCUAUCACCGCUGAAUAACGGCUAUUCCUGGAUUUGUGGGGUUGCACCCAGGCAGCCUUCACAUAGCUGAGAUUCCAUGUUUUCAUAAGAGUUGGAAAACCAACUCAAGCAGUAAUUUUUGAGAGUAGAAAUCUUAUUCUACAGUUUAAAUUGGUUUUUGGCUAUUGCUCAGUGAGUUUUGAGUUGUACUUGUAUCAAGUGCCAAAUAAGGAUUUUCAGGCAGUACAUGCAGCUCAUUGGUUCCUGAAUUUGCUAGCUUUGCACCCUGUAUGGAUACCUCCGCAUAAUUUUAUUACUACUUAUCUGCAA